AUGGAUUAUCCUCUCAUAUUGGCUAUUCCUGUAUGGUGGGAAUUGACAAAAAUCUAUAGAGCAAAGCUGCCACUUUCACAGAUGGAUAACUGGUCAAAGGGCUAUAUGUGCAAUAUUCAGUUUGAUAUCCCUAUUGUUAUUGAUGUUUCUCAUGAAUUUAAUAAUGUGGAUGUGUUGGUUCAGGAAAUAAAACAAAUAUUUGCUUCUAAACAAAAAGAAAAUAUAAUAAAAUUACAUAUAAAAGAAUUGAUAGAAAAAUAUAAAAAUCAAGAGGAACCAUAUUAUACGGUUAAACUUCGUGAAAACAAAGGAAUUUCGUCGGUUUCUCAACAUAUUUAUUAUAAUAGAACACUUUAUAUUGAUUACAAUUUAAAAAUUGUUCCAGAAUUACCAAAAAUCAUUUCACAAGCUUUGUUAGAUAUAUUUUCAGUACAAGAAAAAUACAUGAAAUUUCAUUUAGAAAAAAUCAAAGAUCUAAAUGGUUCAUCAAAACUGGAAGAUAUGGAUAUGAAAGUGGUAAAAUAUUCGUCAAGUUUUGAUAUCGUUUUCAGUCUUAUUAACGGCGGUGAAAAAAAAGUGUUAUUAUAUUGGGAUAUUGAAAAGGCUAUAAAUCUAUAUUUCGGGCCAUUAUUGAAACAGCUUUCGAUGUUUUCUAAAUUCUAUGUAGAAUCUCAGGUUCAAUUUUGCGCUGAAUUAACAUUUAAUCCACAAAAAUCAAAACAAAAUGAUGCAUUUGAAAUCCCGGCUAAUCAAUUUUCCGAGUUUGUUAAUUCUAUUGAAUGGAAUUUAGCUACAACACUUUCAUCAGAUAAAAUAAUUAAUUUUCUGGUUUAUGUUCCUCCAUAUGAUACUCGGCCUCUUUUUUUCAAAGAUUUUGAGGACCAUUUAAUUUCUAAUAAUUCUUUUUUAGUUCCACAAUGGGGAAGCAUUGUGAUUUAUAAUCAAGAAUCUACCAAUGCUAAUCCAUAUUUGAACACAACAAGUCUUCUGCCGAUUUUUCAUAUAUUUGUUUCGAAUUUUCUGUCUCUUCUUGGUGUACCUUCUUUACCUUCAUAUAUUCAUCAAGAACCUUUACCGAUUCUAAAUAGUUGGAGACUUGACGGUCUUUAUAGACAACGUAUCGUUGAAAACAUGGUUUUUGCUUCUACAACACUAGGUAGUCUUUCUAGACUAGUUCGGCAAAUCUCAAACAUGGCUGUUCCUGAUCAAGUUCAACAAGACGUAUUCGAAACAAUAAAUCAUUUAAGAAAAGCAUGCCAGAAUUUGAAUGAUUUUAAUUAUUUUUCUGCUUUAAAAGAUACCAGUGCUGCAACUAGCUUGGUUGAAAAAGCAUUUUUUGACCCAUCAAUGGUUAGUAUGCUUUAUUUUCCAAAUGAGCAUAAAUAUGGUGUAUAUCUUCCCUUAUUUGGGCCGCUAUUUUUCCCAUUGAUUACUUCUUUGGUUCAAGAAAUUAAAACUUUCUUUUACUAUUGGAGAAAAAAGCGUGAAAAAAAGGAAUCCAAGUCAGUGGCACAGAAUGAUUAUUCUGUGUCGCAGGACAUUCUUCCUGAAAUACAAGAUAAACCAUCGGUACAAACAUCUAAUCGACCAAUUCGACGUAGGUUAAAUGUACGUUUUUUAAACUUUUUUCCUCUUUAA